AUGCAAAAGCUGCCGCAUUACCUCAUCCGAGGCCAGCUAGGAGCCCGGCUUUUCAGUACGACACGUCUUCUAGGUGCAGUUGGAAAAACGAGGAUCGAUCAACAAACCGUAAAAGAAGCCCCAGUUCGCUCAAUUCCCGGGCCCGACCUCUUGGAGAAAGGGACCGUGCACCCUGAGAUUUUGAGAAAAUAUUCGUCAGAAGAAUUGCAAGUAGAUGAUCAUUUCAAGCUGGAACCGCUGCUCGACAUUCGAGAAAUGUUCGAGGCUCGAUUGCAUUAUGGCCAUAAGGUGGGUACGUUGAACGACAAUAUGAAAUGGGCGCUGUAUGGCGAGCGACUGGGCGUGUGUGUCUUCGAUUUGGAGCUCACCAAGCAGUACUUACUUCGAGCCCUGAAUUUUGUGGCGCACGUGGCGAGCCGAGGCGGGAUAAUCCUGUUUGUCACGACGAAUCGUGAGACGAUGAUCAAUGUUGAGCAGACAGCCACCAAGUUGGGAGAAUACGCGCAUUGCAGACGAUGGCAAAGCGGUACGCUCACAAAUUCUGCCGAACUCGUCGGAACACCGAUUCGACUGCCCGAUACGAUCAUCUUCCUGAGCACGAUCACAUCACUCGGUGAUCCCCACCCGGCAAUCAAAGAAGCCGCCAAGAUGGCCAUCCCAACGGUCGGAGUGGUCGAUUCGAAUGCCGAUCCUGCCUAUCUAACCUAUCUGAUCCCAGCCAAUGAUGACACUGUGCAGAGCGUCAAUUAUUUGUUGAGGCUAUUCAACGAAGCAAUCGUCCGGGGCAAGUCCUUACGUCAGAAAGCGAAGAAUCGAGAUUUC